UUCCGUCGCGAUCGCGACCGAGCUUCGUCCGCGUCCUCGCGAGCGCGCGCGCCUCCGCGAGCGACGGCUCGGGGCGCGCGCGACGCGUCGCGUCGCCUUCCGCGCCGACGCCGUCGCGCGAAAGCCGGCACCGGGAGAAACCUAGCCAGCCGCGCAUCUCGCAGCGCUCCGCGACGACCGUCAUGGGCCAGAAGCAAAAGCUACGCGAGGAGAAGAAAGCGUCCGCGGCUUCCGGCGUCGACUGCGCGACGCUCGAGAAGACCUCCAAGGCGGCGUACGACCGGAAGAACGUCGCGGAGGUCAUCGCGCGCAUGAAGGCGCUCGCGAAGGAGGACACCGACCGAUUCGCGAAGAUGGGACUGCACGAGACGAUCGAGCGCCUGGAGCAGUCGCAGAAGGUCGCGGCGACGAUCGACGCCGCGCUCGCGGUGGAGAUGACGCGCAAGAGAGCGCUCUUGGGCUGCUUCUUGAGCAACGAGAUGACGCCGCCGGCGCCCGCGGCGGCGGCGCCGACGCCGACGCUCCACGGCGCCGGCGUCGGCGACGCGGUGGCGAAGAAGACGACGGCGGGCGGCGACGGCGACGACGGGGAGGAGGAGGACGAGGUCGCGAACGCGAAGCGUCAGCUCGCGGAGUCGCAGGCGGAGGCGCGACGGAAACUCAGCGUCGCGAAGUCGACGCGGACGCACAACGACGAGAUGGUCGACGCGCUGAGAGCGAAGGGAGUGACCGUCCCGAGCGAAGGCGUCGCCGCCGGCGGGUGAGGAUCGCGACGUCGAGCGAGUUCCGACGCGGGCUGUACUGUAUACUACGUAUACUCACAAU